CGAAAGCAGAUGUGCCAGCUGGACAUAGAGCACAUGCUAGCAGAUCCUUGUGGAAUGAAGAUGAAUGAUAAAUGCUGUUAAAGUAGGAAUAUGUGACUCAACGUCUUUGUAUCUUCUCAUAGGGAGACAACCCUGGUGGUGUACAUCAUGACUCUGGUGGGCAUGGUAGUGUAUACAUAUACCUUGAACCUGCAACGCCUGUGGGUAGUGUUCAUCACUGCUGGUACACUGGGGUAAGUUCACCUCUGACCUGUUUAAUUAGAAAACACAUCCUGGGGUUCCCAGAGUGAUCAGUAGCCUAAGAUACAAUGCACAGCCCUUUUGUUGGCUCCUUGCUGGCCUCAGGAGAUGUGGAAAAGGUGCCAAGGGGUUUUGUUAAUUCUUGUAAGCACAUUAGAUAGCCAGGCUAUCCUGUUGGACUAGAAUGAAGCAUGAAUUAUGCCCUUUAAGACUUCUGGGGUAAUGGGGAAUGCAUAGUGUCUCUUGGCUUUGCUUAGGUCAACAUGGAAUCAUAGAAAGUACCCAGGGCUGAGAAUCUUAAGUUCUGGGUCCAGUUCUGUUGUCAAUUACUGUUAGACCACAGCCCUGUCUCCUAAUGCUUGAGCUUUGGUCUCCUCAUCUGAAACUGAAGGUAAGUGUGGCCUACCUUGUAGGGCUGCUGGAAGGAAUGAGACAGACUAUGAUGUGAAGAUGCAGAGAAGCAAGGUGCAGAUGGAAGAAGUUAGAACUGGCAUUUUCAGACCUGUUUCAUGAGAAAACACACAGAGAAUAGCCCUUCUGCAGGCUGAGCCCUACCGCACAGUUACUUUCCUUCAGGCAGAAUGAGUGUGCUAGGGCCUCUCAGUCUUUCUCAGAUGGCUCUUCUCUGAGGGAAAUGAGGACUCCAAGCUCCUCUUCCAGAGAGCCAUGGAGAUGCUUCCCAAUACCCAGAGACGUCUCCUUCCUUCCAACCCAGGGCCUGUGGAUGCAGGACACAUAUGCUCAGCUGAAAGUGAAACAUGCUAAGCACUCUUGCCCUUCCAUAAAUGCUGACCUGUCAUUGCGGCUGGAGGGAAACACAUGGAGGGCCUUAGAGGCCCACUGCAUACAAGGCCUUCGAGUCUACAGAGAUCUCCCUUCUUUGGUAGAACAUCUUAGAAAAUGGACAGUUAUCUGAUGGGAAAAGAAAAGCAGGAGAGGGAAUCUAGGGUAAAAGAUGGUACCCAUUCUUGUUCUGGAAGCUCUUCAUCACUUUGCUCUCUGAUCUGGACUUUAGCUUCUUCAUGAUGGGCUAUCUUCCCCUGGUAUUUGAGUUUGCUGUGGAGCUCACGUACCCAGAAUCAGAAGGCAUGUCAUCUGGUCUCCUCAAUGUGUCUGCACAGGUAUUUGGGAUCAUUUUCACCAUCUCCCAAGGCCAGAUUAUUGACAACUAUGGAACCAUGCCUGGGAACAUCUUCCUAUGUGUGUUCCUUGCCCUUGGAGCAGCCCUCACUGCUUUCAUUAAGGCAGAUCUCCGGAGACAGAAGGCAAACAAGGAUACUCCUGAGACUAAAGUCCAGGAGGAGGAAGAGGAGAGCAAUACCAGCAAGGUGCCCAUCGCCGUGUCAGAGGCUCAUCUCUGAGAGAGCGCACACUCAGCUCUCGGUUCCACUCAGCUCUCUCUGCCAGCACCAGCAUCUCCAGGGAGAAACGUUAGGAGGGAAGCAGCUGGAAUAUGAGACUUGCAUGGCAGUGCUUAUGUCCUGGAACCUACCCAAGAACCUGGAUGGUUCAGCUGGGGGAAGUGUCACCUUUCUCCAGAUGCAGACUGGAUUCCUAUGCAAUUGAGCUGGAGAGAUGGCUCAGUGGUUAAGAACACUGGUUGUUCUUGCAGAAGACAGGUUCGAAUCCCAGCACCCACAUGGCAGCUAACAACUGUCUAUAACUCCAGUUCCAGGGGAUUCGACAGCCUCUUCUGUCC